UUCUUUCAAACUCUAGAACGGUUUUAUACGAAGUUUGCUGUUGACAGGAGUGUAAUUUAUGGCAGCGCCAAAUCGCUAUAGACGAGUGAGAUCUCAACUGCCAUCAUGCUAUUACGAAGGCUUUCUGGAAAAGAAAUCAAUCAAGGACAAGAUGGGUCGUAAACUCUGGACCAGUUUAUGUGGCAGUUCACUCUUUUUCUACAAUAACAACAAAGACAGUGUUUAUAUAGAGAAGCUGGAGCUCUCUGAUCUCGUCUCUGUAUCAGAUGACUGCUGUCGGGACCGAAACCUGGACGCUGCUAGAUUCACACUGCACAUGAAAAAUGAAGACAUCAAAAUGAUUGCCCCCAGCCUUGAGGCUCGAGAACUGUGGAAAGGCUUCAUGCUCUCGGUUUCAAAGCUAUCUGUGCCAAGUUCUCUGAACCUGCUGCCUGGCCAGAUUCACAUGAUGAAGGAAAUAAUAGAGAAAGAGAAAAUAAGGCAGCGGAUUCUUUCAUCUGUGCCGCCACCCUCGUGUUCUGACAAUUAUGUUACUUUACAGGCAGACAUGCCUUCGUGUUAUCAUAAUGUCACCCGUGUCGAAGCUGAAUACUUAUUGGAAAGGAACGCUAAUCGGGGAAGCCUACUGCUGCGGCCGGGUCAUGAUGGGACAUCGUUUGCUCUCACUACGCGGCAAGAUAUCAACGGACCAGUAUUCAGACAUUACCGUGUGUCUCGGAGGCACGAAGGAGGAUUCGUCAUUGCCCUUGAGACUCCUAUCACCUGUGAGACCCUGCAUGAUGUCGUUAACUGCCUGCUGGAGAAGACCAAUGGGGUUUUGGUGCCUCUUCUGAUGGAGGAACACUAUGAGAAAAAUAUAACAUUUGCUGAGACUGAUAAUGAGAAUGGCGAGAGAAGUCUGCAUUGUCCCAAAGUCCCUUCACCUACUCCUCCAGUGCCACCCCAAAAACCAGCAUUUGCUGUGAUUGAUAAUGAGAAUGAUGAGAUAAUUGUUCAAUGUCCCAAAGUCCCUUCACCUACUCCUCCAGUGCCACCCCCCAAACCAGACCUAAACACACAGGAAAGCACCUACAUCAAUGUCUCAGAUGCUGGAGAGUAUGAGGUGGAUCAAGCAGCAUGUCCUCCACCUCCUGUCCUGCCACGUCUUUCAGGGCGAUAUUUACCGCAUCAGAAUUCAGUGCCUCAUGAUCUGAACAGCAGUUCAGACAUUGAAAGGAAAGCUUUGGUACCUCCCGGCUACUCCAAAUCAACUUCUCGAAGCAACAGUUUUGUCUGGCAUUCCUAA